GAAGCAAAGACCGGGAAGGAGGGGAGCUCCACAGUAGGUGAAGCCGCUCGGUUCUCGCCACCAUAACUGAAGCAGGUGUCCAACAUGGCGAACGCAGGCUGCUGCUCUCUCGCGACUAUUCUCUUUUUAUCCAUCUUUCAGGCGGCUCUUCUCCAAGGAGCUGCACAGAUUCCAGUGGUGAGCCAGAACCUGGUGACGGACAACGUGUCGGUGGUGGAGGGCGAGAUGGCCAUCAUCAGUUGUCGGGUGAAGGACAACGACGACUCGGUCAUCCAGCUGCUCAACCCCAACAGACAGACCAUUUACUUCAGAGACAUGAGGCCACUAAAAGACGUUCGCUUCCAACUGGUCAACUUCUCCGACAACGAGCUGCGGGUGUCCCUGUCCAACGUGUCGCUGUCGGACGAGGGCCGCUAUGUUUGCCAGCUGUACACCGACCCGCCACAGGAGGCCUACGCCGACAUCACCGUGCUGGUGCCUCCAGGUAGCCCCAUCAUCGACGCCCGCGACGAGGUCCUGAGCGAGGGCAACGAGACGGAGAUGACCUGCACCGCCAUGAGCAGUAAGCCUGCCGCCACCAUCAGAUGGAUGAAGGGCGAUAAAGAGCUCCCAGGAAAGCCCAAAGUCGAGCUGACCUACGACAGGAUGUACACAGUAACCAGCCGCCUCACGUUCACCGUCAACAAGGAGGAUGACGGCGUACCUGUGGUUUGCAUCGUUGACCACCCCGCGGUCAAAGACUUCCAAGCACAGAAAUAUCUGGAAGUGCAGUACAAGCCCGAGGUUAAGAUCAUGGUCGAGUUUCCUCAGGGUCUGACGAGGGAAGGAGAGAACCUGGAGCUGACGUGUCAGGCCAAAGGCAAACCUCAGCCACAGCGGAUCAACUGGGUGAAGGUGGACGACGACGUGCCGUCCCACGCCGUCAUCACUGGCGCAGACCUUUACAUCGAAAACCUCAACAAGUCCUACAACGGAACGUACCGCUGCGUGGCGGCCAACUCCUUGGGGGAAGCUUACGACGACUACAUCCUCUACGUCUACGAUGCUCCCACCACCACCCCCACACCCACCACUGCCACCACCACCACCUUCAUCAACACCUCCUCCUCCUCCUCCCUCCACCACGAAGCCAGUCAAGACACUGCGCCCAGCACUGAACCUGCAGCUCAUGAUUCUCGAGCCGGCGAGGGAGCCCCCAGAACGGUGGACCACGCCGUGAUCGGCGGCGUCGUAGCCGUGGUGGUAUUCGCCAUGCUCUGUCUACUCAUCGUCUUGGGACGCUAUUUCGCGAGGCACAAAGGUACCUACUUCACGCACGAAGCCAAAGGGGCGGACGACGCGGCGGACGCCGACACGGCCAUCAUCAACGCCGAGGGCGGCCACACCAACUCUGAUGAAAAAAAGGAGUACUACAUCUAAAUCAAAGCAGGACCCCGACACCUUUACUGUCCUCUUUGGGACGCAGCUGUUUUGGGGGGGACUCGGGGAUGGGAAGGGGCGGGGGGGAUCUGAGAUGGUUCAAGGUCACCUUUAGUGGGGGUUAGACGGGAGAUGCGAAGAAAAGCCGUUUGUCUAGUCUAGUCCGCAGAUGUAGGUUGGAAUGUUUUAAGUGUUUCAAACUAAAUAGUAAUCAAAAAAGAAGGAUGGUUUUUGGGAUGGGGGGGGGGGGGGGGGUUGGGGUGCCAGAAAAUCACCGUAGAGAGCUUCACCAUUCAGCACCUACCUAACGACACGUUUAUUUUUCUUGUUGUUGUCGAGUCCCGACCGUUUUGCAGAAAAUUCUGUGCCUUGUUCGAAUUGUUUUCGUUGCGUUCACAGCCUUCCCCCCUCGUCGCGUCGGCUUUUGUAGCCGUCGAGGGUACGAAAAAAAAUGACAAAGCCACCCCCCUCCUCCCGCUCGUCCCCGACAACCACCACCCUCACUUCCUCUUUAAUGUGUCUACACAUUUCAUUACAACAUUCCAGUAUACUGUGAUAUAUCUCCGACCAUUACGUGUGUUCCCCCCCCCCCCCCCCCCCCACUUGGAGAAAAAAAAAAUGCAUGGAAUGCUUUACCAUAUCAUUGUACAUAUUAAUGACAAACAGUUGUGGACUGUAAAUGCCCCCCAGCCUCCUCACUGCUUCCCAAACACGACCACCUUCAGAGUAUAAACAAAAAGAAGGCAGCAAAAACAACGGAAAGAACUUCAUGUUUGGUAACCUCAGUUGUGACCGCCGCACAAUGCCAACCGUGUCAUUAUUUUGAUUGCAUAUUCUGUGCUGGGUUAUUUCCGUUGCUUUCCCGCCCUUUCCUCACGAGCUCUAAUUGAGUCACAAUGGCGACACUCAAUGGGAUCGCAAUUUACCCACUGGCGAACCAAAAACAAAUUGAAAUAUCCGAUAUUGGCAACAGGAGCGGGCGAAGUCCAUCCAUCCAUUUUCUACAGAUCUUGUUUUUCACACGCAAUGACAGAAACUCAAACGUUCCGCAAUUUAGCGUCAUCAGUCUUUCUAGUAUACGUGGUUUGAAUUCAGUCAAAAAUGUCUAGUUUGUCUUGAAAGUACCUGUGGGGAUGGCCAGAGGCAGUUUUGGAUUGCUAAUCAGAUUGACAGUGGAAACGCAAACUCAAGCGUCUUCAAUUUGUCGAGUGUACGUGAUGUACAGUAAAUCCGCAAACAUUUCGAGAGCGGCCAAGACUGGUUGCCAACCGAAGGCGCAUAAAGACAACAUGCUCACAUUUGCACCAAAGGACAAGGUCUUCAAAACGAACCGAACAUGUUUUUGGAUUGUGGGAAUAACCCGGACAAAACCCUUGUAAGCACAGGGAGAACUUGCUAGCUCAACACUUGAAGGCAAAUUCAAACCCAGAACCUCUCAACUGCAUAGCAGACGUGCUAACCACUAGGCUACCCAAACUCCAUUACAAAGUCCAAUUAUUGGAAAAGUCGAUUUCACACAAAAAGAAUAAGAAUAAGUCCAGCCACAUAUCAAAGGAAACAAUGUUGACAUCCUGAAAAUUACGAUUCCAAUCAUCAAAAGUAGCUAACCUCGUUAGCUUAGCUUGCUAGCGCCACAGAGAGGAAAGCGGCGCUUUCACGUGAGUACCAUAACUUUUAGCCCAAAGUAUAACUCCGCAGAAGUAAACACUAAUCUGUCAAGCCAAACAAAUCUCAAUAUAGCUCUGUUUACCUUUUAGUCGGUUGUUUGAUUUGACUACAGCCGGGUGGGCAAUCACAUCCAGAAAAUCGACUAUUUGUUCACAAGCCAUUAAAAAGCCAAUCUUACGUAAUAUUGUUCUUUCAAUUUGGGGUUUUGGAAACGCUAGCCCCCCAAAAAUUCCCUUCAACCACCUUGAAUAACGCAUAUUUAACCAUUACUACCUUUAAAA